UUACCAUAAUGGCAAAUAAUCAUUUGUUUUGAAAAUACAGUAAAGCUUUUACUUAAAUGUGGAAAUUAAAAUCGACCAGGAUUGUAAAACACUAUUUAUCCACAAAUUUCCUAGUACUUAAAAUGGCAAAGAGUUCCUUCGAAUACGUAAAAAAAUUUGAACAUGAUGAUUCGUUGUUACCAAAUACAUGGAUAGUUAUAAGAUUAGACGGUAAAUGCUUUCAUAAAUUUGCAGACGACCACAACUUUACGAAGCCUAACGACUUGCGGGCUCUAAAAUUGAUGAACUAUGCUGCAUAUACUGUUUUAAAAGAAUAUAGUGAUAUUUUGUUAUCAUUUGGGCAAAGUGAUGAAUAUUCAUUCGUACUUAGAAAAGACAGUUGUUUGUAUAAACGGCGCUCAGCAAAACUAUUAACAACAAUAAAUAGUAAAUUUUCGUCAUCGUAUGUUUUCUACUGGAACAAAUUCUUUGAACAUCUGCCAUUGAAAUAUCCCCCUUGUUUUGACGGGCGCAUUGUUUUGUAUCCUUGUGACGAAAAUUUAAUAGAUUAUAUGAAGUGGAGACAGGCUGAUGUACACAUAAAUAAUUUAUACAACACUACCUUCUGGACUUUAAUUUUGAAGGGGCAGUUGACCCCUGUGCAGGCUGAGAAGCGUCUAAGUGGAACAGUGUCUGCUGAUAAAAAUGAAAUCUUAUUUCAAGAGUUUAACAUGAACUAUAACAAUGAACCAGAAAUAUUCAAGAGGGGAACAAUUCUAUUGCGAAAGUCUAUAUUGCACAAUAAAGUGAACAAAUCUAUCAUUGUGGAUGUUCAUGAUGAUAUGUUAAAGGAUAAAUUUUGGAAAGAAAACAUAUAUAUAUUAUCUGUAAAAAAAUCUAAACAAAAUUUAAUGUAUAUAGGUCCUACAACAGAAAUCAUAGAAGAUCAGUUAAGUAAAUAUGAAAGUCAUUUAGAAGCUUGACAUAACAAUGACAUCUAUUUAUUUUGAGGAACAGUUUAAUACUAUAUUAAACUAUAGCGUAAUACUAUAUUAAACUGUUGAGUUAUUUUAGAUGUAAGAUUUUAAAUUUUGUAUUUGAUGUUAAACAUCAGCUUUCCUAAAAAAUAAGGCUACCAAACUU